CCACGUGCCUGCUAUUCUUUGUCUUGCCAAAGAGUGCGACACAUCCCACCAAAACAGGCCCACGCGACCAUUAUUAUCAUGGCUAUCUCGACCCUCUUCCAUCAUUUCUUCUACCCUGCCCUCUUCGCCCUCGUCCAGAGGCUGGAUUGUCAGUCUCAACGCCCUCCCCUCUCAUGAGCGUGAGGACAGCCCAGCGACCCAUUAUGCCUCGCCCCAGCGCUGGUUAUCCGCCCACGCCUGCUCCUUCGACCGACAUUGCAGGCAAGAGCAGCGCAAAUGCUGCGCCGUUUGAUGCCAGCUUUGCGCUUCCUCCAGCAGCCAUAGGUGGGGGCAGUAGGGGCAGCACGAGUUCAUCUGCUACCUCUAACGCCUCCGAUUCAUCCUACCGUCCCCUUUCACCCACCUCGCCCGCGGCGACUGUGAAGGCCGCUCCCACAUCCCGCAAACGUGCAAGCACAAGUCAGGGCAGCAUAGUUACUAAGGAUGACUACUCUCUGCCACCGCCGCCGACGCGCUCACGCAAGAUCAUACAGAUGAAGCCGAAAGAGCAGCAGGAGCCUGCCAAGCCACAAGCUACGGCAUCAACGAACGCGAAGGCGGCGCCAGCUCCCUCGGGAACGGGCAGCAAGAGGAAACAAGCAGGAAAUGGCACGGCUGCGGGCCGGAAGAUCGCUCGGAAGACCGCGCAUAGCUUAAUUGAACGGAGGAGGAGAUCCAAGAUGAACGAAGAGUUUGGCGUGCUCAAGGAUAUGAUCCCCGCGUGCACCGGUCAGGAGAUGCACAAGCUUGCCAUUCUCCAAGCCAGCAUCGAGUACAUGCGCUAUCUGGAACAAUGUGUCGCUGACUUGAAAGCGUCUCACCGGUCCCGACGUGCUUCACCUUCCCCACCAGCGCCGCAACAAGACCGGCCUAUCCCUCAAGCCAAUGGUAAUCUAGCGGAAGACAACGAGGAGGAUGAGGAUGAGGACGAAGAUGAGGAAAUGUCCGAUGCUGUGUCGCCAACUCAUAUUACCCACCCCGAACCCAAGCCCACAUACCAAUUCACAAAUACCUCGCCGGCCAUAUAUCCCUCAGACCGGAGCGUAUAUUCCACCACCAACACCUCACCGAAUCUCCAGCCAUCCGAUGCGCGCCAUUACUCAGCUACCAUCUCCCCGAAUCUCCAACCCUCAGAUCCACACCACUACUCACUAGCCUCUUCUAUCCGCUCUACGGCAACAUCUCCAUCAAUUCAGGCUUCGCCAGCAUUCGGAGGACAGACGCCGUCACAGUCGCAAUUCCACAACCCAUUCCCAACCGCACCCUCCAGCAAAGGUUCCAUUUCUGCCCCUGGAGGGGCUCCUUUCACGCUCACCUCGCCAGCGCUUGGUCCGCAAGCCGACCGAGAAGACCACGAAGCAACAGAAGCGUUAUUGAUGCUGAAUACAGAUCGCAGGAGCUGGAACAGUGCCAGGGGAAUGAGCGUGAAGGACCUCCUCAGCGGGUAAGGGUUGAUCAUUACAGGACGUAGGACGUCGGACGCAUGGGGCGUUCAAAGGUCCAUAGGAUACGGAGGCAUCUUCUAAAAGGUUACAGAUUUCGCAAAGAAAUGAAAUGGCGCUGGAGGCCAUUUGACAUGGUAUUUUUCAGAGGCGCAGAAGUAUUCAAGAGUGUACAGCAUUGGCUGAUUUGCUUCGGUGGAGUUCUUGCAAUGCACCGUAGGGGUUUAGUCCUCCUGCUUUUGCUGCGCAAAGCAAUGUUGUUCUAAGUAGACAGCCGUAUUUGCACAACAAAAGUUUCCCCGCGAAUUGAAGCCCCGUAAUUGUU